UUAUUCUUCGAUUCGCUGGCAACUUGUCAACCUUAUUGACUAACUUGUUUUUUUCUGUUCUUUCUUACAGGUGUGUUCCUGAAAAACGUGACAAUGAAUUUAGCAACAAUUGAUUCAACCGGCAAGUGAACUGAACCAGACGAUGAGGAAGAGUAGUCACUCGCGUGGAGGCGUCGCUGGCGUCGGGGAGCGUCUCUAUCGAUACCUGGUCGCGUAGGCCAAUCGCGCCCUUCGAAUCGAUUUUCCCACGUCUCGUACCAAGAAGUUUACGAAAUCUGUCGAACCGACGGAUUCUUCAAAAAACCCGGACCCCGCUACUACUCUUUGGCAACGCCAUCCCGCAGAAGAAGGAAAGCCGGCAAUCAUCAUCGUCAACAUGAGCAGUCACAGUGCCGCCAAAAACGCCAUGAUGCUGAUGUCCGAGAAAAAUCGCACCACCAGCGACAGCGAGUCGGAGAUUAACUAUGACAUGUUCAACACUAGUACGACUUCAGCGGAUGGGGGAGGACCGGCAGGAUCGUCGUCGGUGAUGAAUACGUCGCAGAUUUCCAACGCCUCAACGGAUUCGACGCAUGUCAAAAGUGCCAACCUGACGCGGUCCCAAAAUUUGGGAGGGUCCUGUCGUUUUCCGAAGCUAGAAGAGUGUGCCCACUUCCACUACGAGCGAGUCCAGCUGGGCCGAUUGUCCGUCCGGUUGGUGGCCGACGAAAAGAAUGAGUCCCAGCUUGGCUCGCUGCUGGCCAGUACUGAUCUUUCUAGUUCCCAGACGGCUGCCGGUGGCGGAAAUGGGACCAAGAACAACUGCUGGUUCAUCGUGCGCGUCAACGCCGGCCGGUCGGAUUCGUUCAUGAUCAAGCGAUCAUUUGACAAUAUGCGCUUCUUGGAUGAGAUGCUUCACCGAUGUGUGUACGAUCGAAGGGUCAGCGAGUUGGAGGACUUGAAAGAGAUGGACGUGCUGGAUAAAAGCGAGGAAGACCUGGAAACGAUCGUCGGCAAUUACCUCACUCGGUUAUCGAUGAUCGCUUCGGAUGCGAUGACUUGCGGUCCGGUAUUGACUUGGAUGCAAAUUGAUAACAAAGGUCGCAGACUUCCGGUAGCUGAUGAGGAAACGAUGAAAAGCAUUAAUACUCCUGCUGUUGGUGCGGCCUAUGGAGUCAGGCGAUAUGUGGCCCAGGCAUGUGACGAGAUUUCAAUUGAAGUUGGAGAUAUGAUAUCGGUCAUCGAUAUGCCAAGUCCAGCGGAAUCGAUCUGGUGGCGUGGCAAGAAAAGUCAUCUCCAGAAGAAUCAAUACGAAGUUGGGUUCUUCCCGCAGAGCUGUGUGGCCACCAUCGGUGAUAAAGUUCCCCGUCAUAUGCCUUUUCCGGCCCCUCUGGUUGGAUCGCUCGAUGUAUCGCCGACGAAGCCAGUCCUCAGGAAACAUGGUAAACUGAUUGCCUUCUUCCGCAGUUUCAUCCUAUCAAGGCCUUCCAGAAGAAGACUGAAGCAAAGUGGAAUUUAUAGGGAGCGUGUGUUCUCCUGUGAUUUGGGCGAGCAUUUACUCAACAGUGGACAAGACAUUCCAAUGGUUCUGAAGUGUUGCGCUGAGUUUAUCGAAGAGUACGGCAUUGUGGAUGGAAUUUAUCGAUUGUCCGGUAUAACCUCCAAUAUACAGAAACUUAGACGUGCCUUCGACGAAGAGCGAAUCCCGGAUCUUACCCAUCCGGAAAUCAAACAGGACAUACAUGCCGUUAGUUCCUUACUUAAGAUGUACUUCCGAGAACUGCCAAACCCUCUUUGUACGUAUCAAUUGUACGACCACUUUGUAGAUGCUAUCCAAACUCGAUUAGAUGCUCCCACAGAUCUGAAGCUGCGAUUGAUCAGACAGACCGUACAAAAACUGCCUCCUCCUCAUUAUCGAACGCUAAAGUAUCUGGCAACACAUUUGUUCAAGAUUGCUCGACACUCUGCUCGGACAGGAAUGACUGAACGGAACAUUGCCAUAGUAUGGGCCCCCAAUCUCCUCAGAUCUCCGGCACUAGAAUCCGGAGGUGUGGCUGCUCUUCGAGGUGUCGGUGUCCAAGCUGUGGUUACCGAAUAUCUGAUCAGCAACUGUGAACAGAUUUUCGACGACAAUGCAGACGACUUUGGUAGCCACUAUCAGGAAUCGCAACCUACGUCGUUGAGCGAUAGUAACAGUAUCCAGAACCACGGCGGGGAACAGGAACUAUCACUCUCGAUGGAACGUCCCAAAAGUCUAAGUGUGGGUGGUGCCAAACUGCUGAGCCUAGAAGAAGCUCGUAUUCGCAGGAAUUGCAUGGAAACCUGCGAAAAGAGCAUCCCCAUCAACAUCACCAAUCCAUCGACGCACAUUGGGUCCUACAUCGAGGUCGGAGGUGGUCCCUCCAGCCUGCCGGAUAAAUACCACACGGUGCUACCGGUACCCAGAAGUUGGAACAAACGCAAAUCUCACUCCUCUUGGAAAUCGAUCUUCACUCGUCAACCCCGACAAUCGAACAGCAACCACGACAUGAAAGAGUACAGCCCGGCGACGACGCCUACCUCCAAGGAUGCACCGACGACGAUAGUGACGAACGGUGGCCGAACCAUAACUAUCGAAGAGCGAUCCGGCGGUAACAGUCGAGGGGCAGUGGUCAUGGAUCAGAAUGGUGGUGCCGUCAAGGAGAGCACCAGUGGAUUGCUGCUUGAUAAAAUGACCAAGAGUGUUGAUCUAUACGACGGAAAGGCGCGGACGAUUGAUUCAUGUGCACGAUCCAAUUCAGUGGACAGUUUGCGGACUGCCGGCCACAGUCGGUCAGUUUCGCACGAUUCCUACUUCGAUCUGCUUCAAUCUCCUCUGCGAGGAACAGGAGUCGUAACCUGUCCCAGUCGGGAACUUUCCGAGCUCGGUUUAAACUUCGACCGGGAGGAACCGGAAAUGCGUAUAUUCUCCGAGAGUGAAAGUUUAGUCAGCAGUCCAAAGGUGGCGAAGGAGUCUAUUCGACGAACGCUUCGAGCCCGGCCUGAAGAAUAUACCAGUGGAGGCAACAGUGUAAAUCCCAGUCCCAAAAAGCAACCCAGGUUAAACAUACAAAGCCCUACUGAGGGUAACAAGCAGCAGCAGCAGUGGAUGGUAGCUUCGGCAGAAACCGGAUUACUGAAUCCCGACGAAAGUCAGUGCAAACGGUACAAAUUGGAAGAUCAACUCAGCGAUAUUCAGUUCAUAGAUUGUAACACUCCGGAGCAUAACGUGUCCGGCGGUGAAACUUCUCUGAACAGCAGUACCAUUUUUACCAGUGCUCAAGUGCACCGACCCCCGCUACAGGAGGAUUCAGAUGGCGAGAAUGAACUCAUUGGAAUCAGAAACUCCUACCCUGGACCCCAGUACAGUUAUGUCAAGUAUGAAUCUCCCAUCAAGGAAACACGAUUCAGUUAUCCCGGUACCAAUGCCAAAAGCAAAGAGGCAAAUGGAAGCGUACAGAAGGACCCUAUCAGUGGUACCGAAGGGCCGCAGCAACUGGGACAAUCGCAAAAAAUCGGUGGUACUUCGCUGUAUGAGAGUUUUAUUCUGUCCAGCCAGGCGCCGAAACCACCUAAACACCCGGGCCGUUACAGUUACUACCAACCCAAUAGCAACAAUACCGGAAAUGAAUUGCUAGCUGGAUCGGCAACCGGUGCCAAUGAUGAAGGAGCGAGCGACGAUUUACAGGUGGUGCCGAGGAGUUGUUCCGAGAACGUUAUUCGCAAAAGUGAUACCCAACGUAGCAAACUAAGCGUUAUGACACCUCAAUCGCCGGUGCAGAGUCCGUGUUAUUCACUCUUGGUGGGAUCAACUACAAGCUCGGACAACAGCAGUCAGCUGAACACUCCUGUCUACGAAAUGGACGUUUCCAGUAUGUUGGGUCAACAGCUACAUCACCAACCAUUAGAGCAAACCAAAGAAGAUUUGUGCCCGGAAAAGCGGGACAUGAAGGCACUGAAACGGGAGCUUUCGCUUGACCUGAGUGAGGCUGGUUCUAAGUUGAAUUCUGUUCAACAUUCGGCUACGAAGAAAACUUCUUCCCCGAAUACACCAUCGAAUUUCGCCUCGGACACUACGAAUACCACCAACACGACAAACACUACGACUAGUCAAUCGAUGACUCCAAGUGAGUAUUGCUAUCAGAAUCUGAAUCCGGAACUAUCACCAAGCGAACUGGCAACGUUUGCAUCCAAGGUGGUUCCCAACAAACCAGGAACACCCAUUAAGGCUACCAUAAACAUAACGUACAACGUUAGGUCACCAGUGCGAAAGGAACAGGAUGAUAGUAUAUUUAGAUCGCCGACAAAUUCAGCUGGCUCAAUAACCCCGACUUCACCGACGGCCAAGAAACUGGAUCAGGUAGUUAUGGUGGCACAUGAGAAGAAGCCGCAAUCUGGAGAAGAGCUGCUGGAAGAAGAAGAAUACCAACGUGAACGGCGAAGCAUUUACGAGAAUGUUAUGGUGACUCCGUUAGAAGCGAAUGGUUCCCAAGAUGUUGCCAAACGGUUACUGGAGACAAACUUCGAUGAAACUAUGGUCUAUGAACAGGUCAAGUUUUACCGAAACGCAGUUUCCGAAGUGAACUGUUUGUUGGGAGACGGUGAAGAACAGCAACAGCAGCAGGAACAACAACAUCGGGACGGGAAUAGAGAAAUGGGCUCAAAUUUGGUAGACUUAUCGAUAAACGAAGAAGAGGUUCGCAUGCCAGUUGUAGAGUCGCUGAAUGGCGAAGGAAAAAUCAAACUUAAAAUUAAGGAAGAUGAAGAUGAUGAGGAAGAGGACGAGGAUGAAAAUACGGACGGUAUUAAUAAUAAUAAGCGAGAUUCGCGGAUCGGAACCGAUUCGUCUCACUCGGAGGUGUUGAAGGAGAAGGUUGACUUCGUUAUGACCAGCAAGAGUGAGGAGGAAAGUGACGACGUCCCGAUGUCGGAUGUGAAUGACGAUAGUCUCGAAUUCGACAAUGCGGACGUUUCACUUUACGAAAAUGUCGAACUGCGCAAGAAACCAUUCGUUCCGGUGUACGAAAACAUGAUUCCGGGACCGAUCAAUCCUGUUGCGUGUUCGACGCUAAAGUCCACAACAACGGACGAUGAGUUCUCCUCAUUCUGUGCGGAUCGUAGCGAUUUAGACAAUGAAAUGGAAUAUCGUAUCGAAAUUCCACCGAAAAUCGAAAUUAAAGCUAGUACGAAUGUUAAUGUUAAAGCAUUAGCUACCAAAUUUGAGACAAGUCCAGUUGAAAGUAGUCCUCCAUUUGAUUUCCACCAACAGUCCAAGCUGAACAACAAUCGAGGCAGUGCUGGUCCGGUUGUAACUAUACGUAAUAAAUCUGCUAAAGAUUAUCACAAUCUAACGAACAUUACUAGGAGCUUGGACGAAAAUGCAUUCGUGCGAGAGUUUGGUAGCGCGCGAAAGUUGGAAAACUUCAACAAAAGUAUUCAACAGAUCCCGGAAAUCGACAACAUUCUCAAUGAGAACAACCCUAAUCGACGUAAGUCGCUAGAUUUCACCAGACCAAAGAGCCUAAAUCCACCGAAAAAACUUCCAUCGCUCAUUGGAGACGGAAUUGAGAAUCGUAACGAUCGAGGUACUCCCGUUACUCCAGUUCACGAUUGUUGUCUCAAACAGCAACAACAGCAACAGAAAAUAUCACCUACCGAACUCAAACUAGAUCUGUCCACUAAGAUCGAAGAUACCAAAGAAGCUCGGGCGUAUAACGUUCGAAUAACUCCCACCACCGAGAAUCGCAUUUCCCUGGUCCAGUACAAUUAUGACCCGCGGUCUCCGACAGCGGUCCCUGCCGGUCAAAUACCCAUGUCUCGCAAGGAAGCUUUUCUCAAACAGCAACUGCAGAACGAUGAAGACCGCAAUAGCAUAACCAGCGUGAGCAGUCUGAAAAUGCUUGGAAGCUGCAAAUUGGACCGAAGUCGAAUCGAAAAAAUCAAAGAAGAACGACGCCAUCAACUCAGCGAAAAAUAUCGCUCCGAAUCAUUUAAAGGCGAUCGAACUAGCGAUUAUGCCAAACUUAAAUCGAAAUCAAAAUCGGAGCUUAGAGAUUUCAAAGACCAAGAUCAGAUUGUAGUUGAUCCGGGUAAAAAGUUCGACUCACUUCGAUUCCGAUCCAAAUCUCGAGUAGAGUUGUCAGACCAUCAGCAACAGCACCAUCAAUACAGUAGCCUAGAUAACCCAAUGCCAAACCCGUUAACGACGGCCGUUUCGCUCACAACCGUUGCCGUCACCGGACGAACUCGGCGCAUUAGUGACGAAAAGAAUCAAAACGACUGUCUUCCGUCGUCUUCUCCACCGCGUCAUACCUCGGCCCAAGAUGCCAGCAUCUCACAGGUGUGUGAUAGUAAAUUCGAGCUGAAAACUCGUCAAAAAUUUGACAAACAGCGUACUAGUAGCAGUGGCAGCGGAAGUAGUAACGAUGCCUCGGUAGUAUCCGGUCGAGAAAGGGAAAACGCCAGCAGUGGCGCAGUCGUUGGUGGUGGUGGUGCCAACAAUAAGAGUUUUGUGCGAAAUGGUUCCGGCUCCGGUGCACACCGAGAUCUUUACUCCCCGCAGAUUUCCAUUAAAGAUGUGGCCGCAAUGUUUGAAUCACGCUCUCAAAGCCAGUCGUAGGCGAACAAUCAAUUCCGGGAGCAAAGUCAGCAAAGUCUAUAAAUAGUGUGCAGACGAAUUUCAGACGAAAUGGAAGAUAAAAUUUACAGUUUUUUAACUUACACGUGCUUUUUGAAAUUAUGCGUGGUCAAAUAUGUGUUAUGAAAAUCAGGCAAAGAAAUGAUAGCGAUGACCAAUUUCUACUUUACUAAAGCUCUAGCCAUUUUUCUCAGUAUUGGAAAUCUAACACAUGCGAAUAAUUAAAAGAAAAGAACAGAUACAUGCUAUUGUUAUAACCAACUGAAAGUUAUUGAUAAGUAAAAAUUUAAAAAAAAACUACGUGCUCGAUAGAUAUAUGCAAUUGCAAACUCUUAUCACUAAUCAAGAAAACAGAAAAAGUCGAAAUUGGUGAAAAUAUGCUCGAUAGAUAAUUGCGACUCUAAUGAACUACAGAAAACAUUUGGUCUACAAACACAACAUUGGUAAGACGUUAAUUGAGAAUACUCAGAAACAAACAUCACAAAAGUAUUGCAAAUCUACAUGAAAACAAUGACAUAUUUUAGUGCUAUAAAUGUAUAUCUCGUCGCAGUGUAGGGUAAUGUAUCGCAACUUUUUCUCGUGAGAACCAUAACAGAAAAAUGGCAAAUAUUUCCAUCAACUCGAUUUGCUUCCUUUUGGAAUAAUUUUACUACAAAGAAAAAUCAAAAGCCAACGAUAUUGAUAGGGAAAAGUUGAUAGAAAGUAUGUAUAUUGCUUGAAAAAAAUUGCCGCUAUACAAAAAUGCAGUUAUUGAAAAAGCAUUAUUUUUUAUAAGGGCGAGCAAAAUUUUCGACAGCGUGGGCGUGUGCGAGUGACUCGAUUUAGAAAAUCCUUUAGCAGAGGUGUAAAAAUCGUUUGUUUUGUUUCGUUCAACAAGACUUUUAAGUCGUUUUGUUUUGUUAAGAACUAUGUUUGAUAAUUGUAAAUAGAACAAUGAGUGUAAAUUUUUAGCACAGAUCACAAAAAAAAAUGAAACAUUUCAACAAUCUGGUAACAUCACAUGGAACAUGACGUUAUACUUUUAAUAGAUAGGAUCGGUGAUUCGUUUUAUUUUUUUUUUCUCUACCAAUAUCAAAAUGUUUUGACAAAAAAUCUCUUUAUCUUUUAGUUGUUUUGAUGAACAAAAUUUGUUGAUUUUUCUUGUUUAAGACGGUUUUAGUUUUUUUUUUCCUUUCGAAGAAAAACACAAAAGAAAAUUGUGAACAACGGUUGACAUGGCAGAAAGAAGUGACAAUAAUUUUUCGUCAACACUAUAAAUAGUUAAGCAACAGAUAGCCAGAUAAUACUUUCAUAUUUAUACAAUCGAUUUUCGAUUGAUUUUCAAUCUACCAACUUAAACUCAAUAAAUCAAGAUUAGAAGUAGAUUGCAAAAAUCUUACAAUUACAUAAGUUCUCUCAUUACAGAAAACACUUUCCCUCUAGUCCAUUGUCCCCAUUUUCUCAAGACUAAUCAUAGGUCUGGUUCCAUAAAUGAUACUUCCAAGUCCAUCAGAGCCAUAAAUAGCAGACUAACUGCUCUGAUUUCACACAUACACAAUUAGUAGAAUCAAUACUUUUCCUCUGUAUUAAUUUCCUCAUUCUUAUGUAGAUAUUUUGAGAUAUUAUCACAAAGUUAUUUGAUUCCACGCGUUUUGAAGAUCAAAACUACAUACAGAUCAUACAAAUUCGAUAUUAACCGUUUGCCAAAAAGCAUCGACAAAGCUUGUAAAAUCUGUCUUGAUUCUUAUUUGUAAAUAUUAUAUUAACUGGUUAAGAUCGGAUAUUCAACAUUCAGCGUGAAUGAAACUUGGAAACGAUUGUUUGAGUUAUUUUUCAAUUCAAGAAUUGUAAAAGAGCAAACUAAGGGAAGAUGUAAAUGCUAGCGCGAAAUGAUAGAGUUAUAAUAUAGUCAGAAAAAAUGGUAACCACAUCGCGUGAAUACUUUUACAACAACAAACCUAUAUAAACUAAUCGAACAACAGCACAUAACAUUUAAAAUGAAAAUCGAACACUACUACUUGAAUACUUUUCUUAAAUGCUAUAUACUAUUAUAUAUUGAUAUUAACAGCUCUAGUAUUGAUAUUGAAAGGUAAUGAUUUAAAUUAAUAAAAAAAAAAGUAAAACACAAGAAUUAGCAUCAAUUUGCUGCUUCACAACAGACGAAAGAUAGCAACAAAAAUAGGGAACGGAAUACACCGAGUUGUGCAAAGUUAGGAAGAUGAAGAGAAGACAAACCGAAAUAUUCAUGAAAAAAGUAUAAAAUAAACUU